AUUUUUUAGGUAAAUUUGAGAUAAAUAUUUCGACAUAUGUUAUCAUUGUGUUAUCUUCCAACCAAGAUGGCAGCCUCCAUAGUCAACAGAGUUGCAAUUUCAUUACGAAAUACAUUUGCUUUUAAUCACAGUAAAACAGUUCCUUUGUUGUCAAAGCCACUGACAGAAACAUUUUCUUCACCAUGGAAACCGUGCAUACAGAUUAGAACAUGUGCAGACCAACCAAAGGAGUUUGAUCCAUUUGCAGAACCAAAAUUUAAUCAUCAAAAAAGGCUGUUAAAAUGGGCAGCAAACAGAGACUAUAACAAUCGUAAAUUAAUUAAACAAUAUGGACCACAACGAUUGAGACUUGUAACUAUGAAAAAGAGCCGAGUUUUACCUCAUCCUUUCAAGGAGUUAGUUGCAACAGAAUUACAUGAGUUGCCAAGAAGAAGUUCUGUUACCCACACAUACCCACGAUGCAUUUUGACAGGAAAGGCACGAGGAAGAUUACGAAGAUGGAGACUAAGUCGGAUUCAGUGGAGAAUAUUAGCAGACUAUAAUAAUUUGUCUGGUGUUACACGUGCUCAGUGGUGAUUGAAUAGUGACAAUUGCUUAUAUAUAAGCAGACUAUAUAAUAUAGCGUCAGUGGUAUGAUAUCAGAAAAAACAAUUCCAUGAUUUGUUAACAUUUGUUUGUAUUUUCAAGCUUGAGCGAUAAACAUGAUAAAAAAAGAUGUGAAACAUAUUUGAUGAUCGAAAAUAAAUUGUUUGUUUGA